UAUCUGGAAAAGGGCGCACUGCCCUCGCACCCCAACCUGAAGGGAAGGUCCACAAGAUGCCAUGGCAACUGCUCAACCACUGGGGGCCCCUGCCCGGGAGAGGGACAGGGAGAGGGCCAGAGAGCCCUGUUGGAGCCCCGGGGUUGGCUUGGAGUUCCGGAAGGCCCCGUACCCUGGGGUCAGAGGUCAGAGACGCACGGGGGCGCACACCAGCUGGCCCCUUGGCUCCUGAGUGUGAACCCUAGUGCUGACUGGGAGGCAGACUGCAGACGGUGCAGCCCUGUCCUCCGGGCAUACAUGCAUGAUGGCCCUGGCUGGGGUCGCUGUGCCAGGAGGACACCCCACCCAUUAUCCCUGGAACCUGCCCCUUUGAGCACCCCCCCCAGCCCCCAACACACACACACACACACUGCACAGAGGAAAGUGCCGUGCCUGGGUGGGUUGGGGCGGGCCCCAGAGGAAGGAGCCGCUUUACUCAGAGCUACAGGAAGAGCUGGGGCAGGCGGGGCAAGAACCACCACUGCCCGCCCGCCCGCCUAGGGAAGGGGUGGGUGCCUGGGUGGGGUUUAGGUUUAGGAGAGGAUGUGACUGCAAGGCCAGGAAGCUACAGGCAAAGUUCUGAUGAAAAUACACAUAAACACACGCCAGGUCCUCCCGGUGCUCGGUGAUGCAUCCGUGGCAGCCUGGGUGCUGUGGACACUCCCCGGGGCCCAACGGAGGGGACAGUUUGCUCCCAAAGGCACAUCCGUGACCAACAUUCCCCCAUCCCCGGAGAGAAGAACUGGAAGCAGCCUCUGACCCAUCCAGGUGCCCUGUCCAGCUGACUGCAAGCAGAGGGGAAUCCUGCCCAGCUCUUGGAUCAGACUGCUUGGCCGAGGAGCCCUGUGGAGCUGGGGGUGGCCCCGGAGCUCAGCCUGCCCCGAGGGGGCCCUGGCUCAGAGCCAUGCCAGGUGUCUGUGACAGGGCCCUUGACUUCCUCUCCCCGGCUGAAGACCAGGUGCUAGGGCCUGCCUUGGGCAGCUCAGUCACUCUCAACUGCACGGCUUGGGUAGUCUCUGGACCCCACUGCUCCCUGCCUUCAGUCCAGUGGCUGAAAGAUGGGCUUCCACUGGGAAAUGGGGGCCACUACAGCCUCCACGAGCACUCCUGGUUCAAGGCGAACUUGUCAGAGGGGUUUGUGUCCAGUGUCCUGGGGGUCAACAUGACCGGCGCUGAGGACUAUGGGGCCUUCACCUGCUCCAUCCAGAAUGUCAGCUCCUCUUCCUUCACUCUUCAGAGAGCUGGCCUUGCAAGCCACGUGGCUGCGGUGCUGGCCUCCCUCCUGGUCCUGCUGGCCCUGCUGCUGGCCGCCGUGCUCUACGUCAAGUGCCGGCUCAACGUGCUGCUCUGGUACCAGGACGCCUACGGGGAGGUGGAGAUGAACGACGGGAAGCUCUACGAUGCCUACGUCUCCUACAGCGACUGCCUGGAGGACCGCAAGUUCGUGAACUUCAUCCUGAAGCCGCAGCUGGAGCGGCGUCGGGGCUACAAGCUCUUCCUGGAUGACCGCGACCUCCUGCCGCGCGCCGAGCCGUCCGCCGACCUCCUGGUGAACCUGAGCCGCUGCCGGCGCCUCAUCGUGGUGCUCUCGGACGCCUUCCUGAGCCGGGCCUGGUGCAACCACAGCUUCCGGGAAGGCCUGUGCCGGCUGCUGGAGCUCACCCGCAGACCCAUCUUCAUCACCUUCGAGGCCCAGAGGCGCGACCCCGCGCACCCCGCGCUUCGCCUGCUGCGCCAGCACCGCCACCUGGUGACCUUGCUGCUCUGGAGGCCCGGCUCCGCGACUCCUUCCUCUGAUUUUUGGAAAGAACUACAGCUGGCGCUGCCGCGGAAGGUGCACUACAGGCCAGCGGAAGGAGACCCUCAGACGCAGCUGCAGGACGACAAGGACCCCAUGCUGAUUCUUCAAGGCCGAGUCCCGGAGGCCCGGGCCCUGGAAGAGGGCGACCUGGGUAUCCCGAGGCCUGUCUUUGGAGAGCCAUCAGCUCCACCGAGCACGGGCGGGGUCUCGCUGGGAGAGGGCCGGGGCAGCGAAGUGGACGUCUCGGACCUCGGCUCGAGAAACUACAGUGCCCGCACAGACUUCUACUGCCUGGUGUCAGAAGAUGAUGUGUAGCCCCCACUCAGAAUGGAGGAUGAUAAGGACAUCGGGUGCCAGGACAGGGGGGUCGUUCCUCUGCUUAGCAAGACCACAACCCCUGUCUGCAGCCCUGGGAACCCCAGGGCAAGGCUGUGGCCCCAUGGCCCCUCCCAGUGCCAGAAAAUAAAGUCCUUUUGGAUUCUG